CUGUACAUUCAAUCUUUUCUAUUUCCAUGCAUUUACUUGUAGAUCUUAGGAAAAAAGUACAUCCUUUCUUCCCUUUCUAGGCCCCCAUUGCCACAGCUCGCCAUGAUUGUCCAGAUCUGCGGUAGAAUCCAGUGCGGGAUUGAUUGCUCAGGCUCUUUAGCCCGGGAUUUCUUCGACUGGAUGGCUUCACCUCUCGCAAUACCAUUGAUGCAUGAGUGCGUGGAAGCAAAUGUUCCAGCGGUGCUGUUGGCAUGAUCGUCGUAUUGGAGGGCUUGGUUCUCAUCCACCAGCUGAGAAUCUGGGCAGGCAGGGCAGAUCGAGCUCCCACAGCUCCAGAAAAUUGGAAGGAACAAGCCGAGCUUCCACUAUCUCGCCGCCGAAUCGACAGCCAACUGCGACUAGUUCUAGCGGAGGAAAGCCUUGGUACGUUCUUCUUUUAAACUGGGAACUGACAAAGUUUCUAUCCAGUUCUUAGUUCCAGACGCUAGACUUCGAUGCAAUGAAAGAGAGAAGAGAGAAUCUGGACAGUCUUAAGCCCAAGAUCGUUGACAUGGUUGUCAAGAAGAUGAAGCAUAACACAUAUCUCUCGCUCGAUUUCUUUACGCUGGCCAUGAGAAUCUCCAGCUUCCGGCACGACGUGGUGAUGGUCAUGAUCCUUGGAGUCGAUGGCAACUAUCUUGGUGAUCACAGACAUGCCCCGUGGAAACGAUCUCUAUGUGAAGACGAGGAAGCUGUGGCCGCCACAUCGUCCGAGACAGCAGAAAGACCCCCAAGUAGGCUUGGAUAGAUUCAGCAUGGUAGCAGUCCAACACCAGCUCGGGAGGAAGACUUAAACAGCCUACAAGAAGGAAAGCAACUCCGUGGAUCUGAUCAUGAGUCUUUUAUAGGCAACAACACGAGCAAUGCGUGAAGGGGGCCAGAGAAGCUAUUGAGAAGUACUCAUUAGGUGCUGGUCGACCUCAAGUUCUUACUAAGCCAGGAGUUGGAUGCUCUCCAUGAGACUCGUGACCACGUACUGAGUCGCUUACUUGAAAUGGAUGGCGGGAUGCAGAAUCCGAAUCCCGAUUAUGUGCAGCGCGCUGGACAAUGUUCCCAGUGCCAGCCUAGACACACUGGGAUAACCUGUGCUCAUUGUGCUAUUGAUCUCAUGUUUCAGAAGACGCCUUUGUUUCUCAAGUACGUUCACAGGCAGGAGAAAAGGAGCAGCAGUAGCUGCGGUUACGCACAGAUGUUCUGAAACGGAAAUGGUUUUAAAAAUUUUACUUGCAUACAUGAAAGCGGAAACGAACCUUGAGGAGGAUGAGAUAGAAGCCGCAAAGAAGCACCUCGAGUACCUUGAAGUAAACACUCCUGUGCUUAUUUGUAAGUCUGUUUGACAAACCGUGUCAAUUCAGGCAUUGCGUAGCGAAUAUGCAGCGGCGAGACGCUUGACAACAGCACAACAAUUAGUUCUAACUGCAUUGGACGAGCUGAGCAUGUCGACAACAAGGCUAUGUUUGCUUGCAAGGUGCCAAGGCUGCAGACGGCAAUCCUUUUGGUGAUGAAGGCUACGAGAUAGCAAUUAGAAACGCGGCGCUUACCAACGAAAAAUUUGUUGCUGUUGAGAAUCUAUCUCGUGUGAAGAGGCAGCUCAGAUACUUGAAGGGUCUAAGGAAUAAGAAGGACGAGGGGCAUAACAGUUUGGAAGGAGAAAUUUGCCCAGUUUGCCACGAUGGCAUAGAAUCUGGAGCAAUGGUCCUUCCGUGCGGCCAUUUGCUUUGUGGCAAGUGUUUGAAUCUUAUUGUGGACCGCCAGAAAGCACCAGCUAACGGUGCUGAUUUCAAGCGCAUUGCAUGUCCAACGUGCAGACAACAGACUUAUGUCUCUAAUAUAUGCUGAAGCGGCUUCUUCGAAAAUUGCUGAAAUCCUCCAGGAAGAAGAAGAGGACGAAGAAAAAUCUAUAACCGUGGCAGGGUCGUACGGAACAAAGAUUGAAGCUGUCGUCAGAAGAAUUCUUAGUCUGAAAGAAGACGAUCCGUUUGUGACAAUUCUUGUGUUCUCGACGUGGCAAGAAGUGCUGGACUUGUUAGAACACGCACUGAAGAGCAACAAGCUCAGCUGGGUUCGAUUAAAGCAGCGCAGACAAAUGGGUUCUUCCAUCUUGGAAUUUAAGAAGGAGAACAUCCAAGUCAUGUUACUGCCCACACAACAUGGUGCCAAUGGCCUGAACUUAAUAGAGGCCCAACACGUUAUUUUGGUGGAGCCUUUGCUCAAUCCGGCAGUAGAAGCUCAGGCUAUCAAUCGAGUCCACCGGAUUGGCCAACGUCUAAAGACACUUGUACAUAGAUUCAUUAUACGUAACACUGUGGAGGAGAACAUCUACAAAAUGAGCCAGCAGAAGACGAACCUCCUUCCAAUGAAACAAAAAGAGCAGCCUCUUUCAGCAAAUGACAUGAACAGCUUACUAGCUUGGGACGAACUGAAAGAGAACACAUCUACUUCAAACACCCCCAGUGGUUCUACUCCUGAUACUUUCCGAGAUUUAACUCCGGCUCAAGCUGCUGCUGCUGCUGCUGAAUCGCGGCUCUUGUGACUACAGGCCAACGCUUGCCUAUAGAUUCCUUAGAAGGAACAUUCUUUAAUCGAAAGAUGAGCUUUCGGUAAGUUUUUCUUUUGGCGAGGGGUUUAGCUAGCUAGCAACAGAGAUGGGUGCCAAGUUUCAGCCCCUUCCUCGCUUCUACUGGACGAAGGAACAGAUUGCUGCGAUCAGAGACCUGUGCCGUGACGACGAUCUCUACGUGAAGACGAAGUAUGGUAGGAAACUGAGGCCGCCGCCUCGUCCGCGACUAAGUCGAGAGCAGGAACGCUUUGUUCGCGCAGACCCUCAAGCAGGCUUGGAUAGAAUCAGUGGGCAGUGGGUAGCACUCCAACACCAGCUCGGGAAGAAGCCUUACACAGCCGAGGAGCAGGAAGGCAACUACGUGGGUCCGAUUCUGGGUCACAAGCAAUACAGGUGCGAGCUCCAUCUUCACAGGGGACAGAAGCAGUGGAAUGUCCAUGCAGUCGGGGACAAGUUUCUGGUCUACGAGACACUUCCUCCCGCGACCGACACCGGUGAUGAUCCUCCGGUGCUUUGUGGUCGCGACAAGUUCGUCAUUGGUCGCCCUCUGUCAGUAACAAUGGACAACCGGGCGACAAAUGUUUCCUCGUCAUGGAACUCGUUUCCAGUGUGGAGCUUGCCAGAAGAAGGCAAAGAGGGAACGAUCGGGAACUAUAUGGUGCCGAGCAGUAAGGUGGCGCUGCCGGGUUUAGUUCCAGGCAAAGGAGCGCUAGUCUUCGAUGCCUUGUACGAGACUGUGAAGGAAGGAGGAGCGAGCUGGAGCUCCGAGAUGGUUGAGAAGCUGGACAGGCUCAAGCGUGGGAUAACGCACCCCCACCAGGUCUGCGUGGUUCUCAAGAAGAUCAAGCACGACGCAUCUCUCUCGCUCAAGCUCUUUACGUGGGCCAAUACGAUCCCAGGCUUCAAGCACGACUUGGUAAACUACUCGACGAUGAUCAUGAUCUUGGGAGAUGACGGGAACUAUCUCAUGGCCGAGGCGCUUUUUGUUGAGAUACAGGAGCUCGGGCUUCGCCUUGACACGUUUGCAGUGAACAACAUGAUCCGCUGCUACACAAGAGUGAACCGGAUCCAGGAAGCUCUCGACCUCUACAGGAAGAUGCCAUACUUUGGCUGUCACCCGGACAAUUGCACCUUCGGCCUCCUCAUCGACUGGUGCGGCAAGUUCGGCUCCCGGAAGGAGCUCCAACGGAUCUUCCUCGACUUGAGAGCCUCCCCCCACAAUGCCGACGCGCAGACGUUCAACACAAUGAUCCACAACUUCUGCAAGCAGCGGGACUUCGCAAACGCCAGGGAAGCUGCCAACCAGAUGAAAGCCUGGGGGAUUCCAUUCUCCUCUGCAACGUACGCCAUCCUCAUCCACAUGUACGCCAAGGCUCGAGACUCGAAAGCAGCGGCAGAGCUCUACGCGGACUACCUCCGCUCCGGCCUAGAGCCAAACUUGAUCGUCUACAACAACGUGAUACUGAGUUACGGUUCCAGCGGCUUCCCUGGCCAUGCGCAGAACAUCCUGGGUGAUAUACGAAAGGCCGGCCUCGCUCCAGAUCGAUUCACGUACUGCACGCUCAUAAGUUCGUGGGCGAGAGCCGGAGCUAUGCUGCAAGCCCGGCGAUGGUUCAACAAAGCCUGCAAGACGAAGGCCGGUCCAAGCAUCGAGAUGUGCAACGCGCUCAUCGAUGGCUACCUCAAGGCCCGAGAAGUGGAACCGGCUAAGUUCAUCCUCACCAAAGUCAUGCCGGAGAGAGGCAUGGAGCCGACGCUGCAAACGUACACGAUCCUCCUGGGCCACUACACGAGCAGCGUCAAGGUGGCGGACUCGAGAGCAGUGAGAGAGAUGAUGAAGUCGUCCUCGAAACCAGCAGCAGCAGCAGCAGGAGGAGGAGGAGGAGGAGGAGAUGAUCAUCCCGGCGUGGACGAGUUCCUGAACGAGAUCCUGCAAGGCCUCCGCGCGAUCAAGGAGCUCAAGAGCUACUCGAGGGAGUUUUUCCGCAAGCUGAGGAUGGACAAGCCUCCUCGCUGGGGGCGAUGGCUGGCGGAUGCUCUCGUCAACCAUCUCCACUGCUUUGGCUACGCUCGCGAGGCCUUCUACGUGUGGGAGGGUGUCUCCUCCACAGAGCUCUACCCGAGAGGGAUCUGGGAGGACUGGCAGGGAGCGUGGUUUAUCUGGCUCCAGGAUAUGAGCUCCGGGACUGCGAUGGUGGCGCUCACCAGUGGAUUGAUCGUGUCCAGGCGGAAGCUCGCGCGGGGAUUCGAUAGGCCGGAGCGAGUGAUCAUCGUGUGUGGCUAAGAGCAAGGAGGUGACCCAUGCGGUGAACAGGACGCUGGUGGCUCUAGACUCGCCGUUUGAGCCUUUCAUCUCUAUGGGGAGAUUUAUGUGCGAGGGGAACUUGUUUAGAGACUGGCUGUGGGA